AUGGCCACCACUACCCUUCUCCCGGCCACCGACGUGGACAGCUACGACUAUGUGGUCGUAGGAGGAGGCACCGCUGGCUGUGUCAUCGCCGCGCGCCUGGCAGAGUACUUGCCCAACAAGCGCGUUCUGCUGAUUGAGGCCGGUCCUAGCGAUUUCAUGGACGACCGUGUCUUGAACCUCAAGGAAUGGCUCAACCUGCUGGGCGGCGAGCUGGACUACGACUACCCGACCACUGAACAGCCAAUGGGAAAUAGCCAUAUCCGGCACUCCCGAGCCAAGGUGCUUGGCGGCUGCUCCUCGCACAAUACACUGAUUUCCUUCCGCCCCUUUGAAUACGACACCAAGCUCUGGGAGGCCCAGGGCUGCAAGGGCUGGUCCUUUGACACCUUUUCUCGCAUCCUGGACAACCUGCGCAACACCGUGCAGCCCGUCCACGCGCGCCACCGCAACCAGCUCUGCAAGGACUGGGUGCAGUCGUGCUCCACCGCCUUGGACAUUCCUGUCAUUGACGACUUCAACCAGGAGAUCCGCUCCAAGGGAGAGCUCACCGAGGGCGUGGGCUUUUUCUCCGUCUCAUAUAACCCAGACGACGGCCGCCGUAGCAGCGCCAGUGUCGCCUAUAUCCAUCCGAUUCUCCGCGGCGAGGAGAAGCGGCCAAACUUGACCAUACUGACCAACGCCUGGGUGUCUCGUGUGAAUGUGGACGGCGAUGUCGUUACCGGAGUCGACAUUACUCUCCAAUCGGGUGUCAAGCACACACUGCGUCCAAAGGUCGAGACCAUCAUUUGCGCCGGCGCUGUCGACACUCCGCGUCUGCUAAUGCUGUCUGGAAUUGGUCCCGGAGACCAGCUGUCUUCCCUCGGCAUUCCUGUCGUUAAGGACAUUCGGGGCAUUGGCGAGAACCUUAUUGACCACCCAGAGAGUAUCAUCAUCUGGGAACUCAACCAGCCAGUGCCGCCAAACCAGACCACCAUGGACUCUGACGCCGGAAUUUUCCUGCGCCGCGAGCCCGCCAAUGCGGCCGGCAGUGACGGGCGUGCAGCCGAUGUCAUGAUGCACUGCUACCAGAUUCCCUUUUGCCUAAACACCACGCGCCUGGGCUACGACACCCCCAAGGACGCCUUUUGCAUGACGCCCAACAUCCCUCGCCCGCGCUCUCGCGGCCGUCUCUACCUGACUUCGUCCGACCCCAACGUCAAGCCCGCCCUCGACUUCCGCUACUUCACCGACCCAGAGGGCUACGACGCAGCCACCAUUGUCGCCGGCUUCAAAGCCGCCCGCCAAGUUGCCCAACAGGCGCCUUUCAAGGACUGGAUCAAGCGCGAAGUCGCUCCCGGUCCAAGCGUCGUCUCCGACGAAGCUCUGUCCGAGUACGGCCGCCGAGUCGCACACACCGUCUACCACCCCGCCGGUACCACCAAGAUGGGCGACGUCCAACGCGACCCCUUGGCUGUCGUUGACCCUGAACUGCGUCUGCGCGGUCUGAAGAACGUCCGCAUCGCUGACGCUGGCGUCUUCCCCAACAUGCCCACUAUCAAUCCCAUGCUCACGGUCCUGGCUAUCGGCGAGCGUGCCGCCGAACUUAUUGCCGAAGAAGCUGGCUGGAAGAAGAACCAGCCUCGCCUGUAG